CACAAUCGCACACGAUUCGCCGACUAGAGAUCGACUCAAUCAUUGCAUCCAUCCUCUUACACAUGAAGCCAGGCCGGCUAACUCAUUCUUCCCGGUCCCCGAGCAUAGCCGAGCAAGCGCUCCAGUACUGCUCCAGUUACCUGCGGCGCUUGGCGCUAGAGCACUCACACACGCGCAAACAGCUGCGCGCGGCCCGAAUGUUCAAGCAGCCGCAUGCGCAGUUCACCCUUGCGACCUUAUCAUAUUAAUAUUCGUCCUGGCGUUGUCAAGUCCACCAGGACGAUCGAGUUGCAUACCACUUCGAGGUUUCAUCGCCGGUUUCCAGGCCGUUUCUGUUGUGGCGUGCUGUCUUGCGUACUUACGGACUGCAGAGUUUCUUGUCCGCUACAAGCUCUCGAGCAGCGUGGCAGACAUGUGGAGGGAUGAUUGUCGAAGCCCAGUCGUUCUGCGCCCUUCUCCGAAUGAACAGCGCCACUUGAGUUGCUGACCCAGGGAGCGCAGCUAGUUCUUGCUCUCUUGGUCUCUCGCUUGUUUCAUAACUAUGCGGCGUUCUUGUCUGCUUUUCGAUCGUCUUCCGCCCGUCCAGGGGCAUUCGUGCAGGCUCAGGCCGCUUGAGGGGUGUUCCUCAAAACUUUCCCGCCAACGUGCAUUACCGCUCGAAUAAUGACCAAUUUACGGCGGCCUAGUUGCUCCACAACACUUUGUCUCUCUCUCUCUCUCUGCAUUUUCUUCCUUCCUUCCUCUUUCUGACCGUCAUGGGAUUGGCACCGAGCGCCGACAACACCUUCGGGAUGCUCUUCGUCGCAGUGGCAGUUUCAUCCGCAUUGUAUGGAGCGGGGAUUCUGCAGUUCUGGAUGUACAUCCGCAAGUACCAUAAAAAGGAUCCUUUGCUGGUCAAGGGCGUGGUCAUCGCGGUGCAGAUUCUGGAUACUGUUCAGCAGGUGCUUGUGUGCCACGCAGGUAAUCGAUUCCCUGGCUGCAGCGAACGGGCACUUACAACCAGUAUAGUCUACAGAUAUCUGGUGUCGUCCAUGAUGGAUCCGACUAUCCUGGGGAGCUCCGUCAAGUCCUUGACGGUCGAGCUCAUCUUCAGCUGUGCCAUCACCACUCUUGUCCAGCACUGGACAUCAUGUGUGGUGCUCAUGAUAUAUGCGGUCAAAGCGGUCAAAACCCAUUUAAUCACCGAUAUCAUCAAGCUCAAGAACCUCUCCAUCGCAGCGAAUACUCUGUCUGCAGCAGCAGAUAUCACCAUCUCUGUUGUGCUCGUUCUUCUCCUGCAUGUAGCCAAGACGGGCUUCAAGCGAUCAACUGACUUGAUCAACCGAUUGAUGAUCUUUAGCUUCAACACUGGUCUUCCUACGAGCAUAUGCGCUCUGGUCGCCACCAUCUGUGUUGCUGCGUUCUCAAACACGUUUCUCUACAUCUUCUUUUUCCUGCUGCUGGGCCGGUUGUACACAAACUCGAUUCUGGUCACCCUCAACUCGAGAGAAUACAUCAAGUCAACGAGCGACAACCACAGCGACGAGCAGUACUCCCUGGAGAACAACUCCGUGCGCGCACGACUGCCACCCUCAGCUGCGACGAACACACACGAUCCUAUCACGAUCCGGAUCGAGACCAAUACGAUGCACGACUUUCGCUCAGCGUCGCUGGCAGACUUGAAAAACUAGCCCCUGGCAGGAUGGUUCGGUUUAUGUAAAUAGAUCUCUCGGGCACCUCUGUGAUGAUGUAAUCGCGUGAUAUACGCACGACGCG